AUGCCUAAAAAAGCAGAAUUAAAAAUCGAAACGCGUGCUACAAUAAUUGCUGAGUUUAAUUGCGGUGUUUCAGCUUCAGAAAUAGCUAAAAAAUAUAAUUGUGAUCGGCGAACUGUUUAUUACCUUGUAGACAAAUAUAAAAAUCAUCAUAAUUGUGAGAACCUACCAGGGAGAGGGAGAAAAAGAGUGACAAAUAAAAAAGAUGACACACUUAUAUGUCGGUCUUUUAAAAUAUAUCCACGUCAAACUUUUAAAUCAGCGUUGUCUAACUUCAACGACAACCGGGAAAAUAAAGUAAGUAUGACAACAGUUCGCAGGAGACUUAAGGAGAACGGAUUUAAAUCUUACGUCAUUCGCAAGCAACCCUAUAUUACUCCUAAAAAUCGAGAGGCUAGAUUGCAAUUUGCUUUGGAAUAUAAAGAUAAGUCUUUAGAGUAUUAG